AAAUGUCAAAAUGAACCUGGUAGUUAUAACUGUUCGUGUCCAGAGGGGUCUGAAUUACAGGGAAAUGGUUUGAAUUGUGGACCAAAUAUAGAUGAAUGUGCAACCAAUAAUGGAUCGUGUGAAUAUAAAUGUCAAAAUGAACCUGGUAGUUAUAACUGUUCGUGUCCAGAGGGGUCUGAAUUACAGGGAAAUGGUUUGAAUUGUGGACCAAAUAUAGAUGAAUGUGCAACCAAUAAUGGAUCGUGUGAAUUUAAAUGUCAGAAUGAACCUGGUAGUUAUAACUGUUCGUGUCCAGAGGGG